AUGGCCAAACAGUGUGUAAUCCAGGGGACUCUUGGGCAGACAACUGGUAUAGCUAAGGAAAAGGGAGGCCUCUACAUAAUGGAGGAACCAAAUAUGAAGAAUAAGCAGCUUGUUGCACAGUGCACUAACUUGGAAACUUGGCAUCAAAGUGAGUUCAAGAUUAAGGACUUGGGAAGCUUGGGGUACUUUCUGGGCAUUGAAGCUCAUAUGAAUACUAAUGGAUUAAAUAUAUGUCAAAGGAAAUAUGCCCUCGAUAUCUUAGAAGAAGCAGGUUUUCUCAACUGCAAACCAUUUGCCACCCCAAUGGUUCCUGGACAGAGAUUAAACAAAGAAAAUGGCUCCCCUCUCAGUGAUGCAGCUCCCUACAGACGGCUAGUUGGUCGCUUAUUAUAUUUGACGGCUACAAGGCCGGAUCUUACAUAUACCACUCAACAAUUGAGUCAAUUUGUGGACUCUCCAACAUCAGAACACAUGAGUGCUGCUCACCGUGUUCUUCAUUACAUUAAGGGAGCUCCCAGGCAAGGUCUGUUGUAUCCAGCAAAUAGUAGAAUUCAGCUACAUGUCUUUGCAGACUCUGACUGGGCUUCUUGUCCAGAAACGCGCAAAUCCAUUACGGGAUUCUGCAUUUUCCUAGGAUCUGCUCUCAUCUCCUGGCGAUGCAAGAAGCAAAUGACUGUCUCACGUUCCUCCUCAGAAGCAGAGUAUCGCUCCCUUGCAUCAACUGUCUGUGAGACACAGUGGAUAACAUCUCUGCUCAGUGACUUACAAUGUAAACCAGUCAAGCCUGCCGCCGUGUUUUGUGAUAGCAAAUCGGCUAUUGCCAUUGUUGAGAAUUGA